AUGGUAAUUAUGUGGAUUGUACAAAGGGAACACAACUUAUGGUCUAAGAGUCUUAUAGACUUUGUUCUUGUGCUUGUGCUUGUGCUUGUGCUUGUGCUUGUGCUUGUGCCUGUGUUUGUGUUUGUACUUGUGUUUAGGGGUGAUGAGAGGGGUAGAAAAGACAGUAUAUCGUACCAUACUAUGUUUAGUUUGAUUGGUUUGGCGUGUUUUGCUGUGGUGUGGUGUGGUUUGGUUCGGCUUGGUUGUGGUAGCCUGUGGCUGGUAAACUUGUGGCAACUCAGUAUUAGUAUUAGUAUUAGUGCUAGCAUUAGUACUCGUAUUAGCAGUAGUAUCAGUAUUAAUAUUGGCGUUAGUACUGGUGUUAAUAUUAACAAAAUAUUCUCACUAGUAUCUGUUUAG